UGGCAUCGUGGCACUGGGGAUGUGGCCAUGCUGCGGCUGCUGGUGGCCAAUGCCCACAUCCCUGGCGCAACCGGUUCCGGGCCUGGGGUAUAUGUGUCUGCCUGCUUCAGAGGGGUCCCCAGGAGCACCCGGGUGGUGCCAGAGGAGCACAGCCCCACAUGGAACGAGACACUGGCAUGGCCACUGGGUGCGCGUCCCCUGCGCCCCAAGACCAACCUGAGCCUGCGCCUGCGGCACUGGGGCCAGCCGGCACCCUGGGGGGACCUGGGUGCCACCACGGUGUCACUGGACCAGUUGGUGGCCGACCCCAAGCUGCCGCUGUCCCUAAGCCAAGUGCCACUGAUGGACUCCAAUGGGCAGCCCACAGGGUGCACCAUCACCCUUUGCUGCUUCUACGUCCCCCAUGGCACGGAUGGAGAUGCCACGGUCCCCAUGCAACGACGGGUGCCACCACCACCGGUGUCACCAGUGCCACCCAUGCACUCUCCUAGCAAGCCCCGGGCAGGGGGUAAAGAGGAGUUCCAGGUACGGGUGAGGGUCAUUGAGGGCCACCAGCUCCAGGGCAAUAACAUCAAGCCGGUGGUGAUGGUUUUCAUCGGCCAGCAUCGCUUCAGGACCAGGAUCCGUGUGGGGAACAACCCCUACUACAACGAGGUGUUUUACCAAAGCUUCCACCAGACACUGGAGCAGAUGCUGAUGGAGCCCAUCCGCAUCCAGGUGCUGAACUCCAGAGCCAUCCGCUUUAAAGCCAUCAUCGGCGUCUUCCAGCUGGAUGUUGGCACCGUCUACCACGCACCAGGACACAGCUUGAGCUGGAAGUGGCUGAGCCUGCAGGAUCCCCAGUGCCCCGAUGCUGGUUCCUGUGGGUACCUCCGUGUGAGCAUGGCCGUGCUCCGUGCUGGAGAGCCGGUGCUGGAGGAGGAGGAACCAGAGGGAGAUAAGGAUGUGGAGGCCAACCUGCUGCAGCCAUCGCCGUGCGCUGCCACGCUGCAGCUCCGCAUCUACCGCGCUGAGGACCUGCCCCUAGCGGAGCCAGCCCUGCACUGCCUCCCCUCGGUCAGAGGCAAGAGGAGCUUCGUGGCGGCUGCGGUGCGGGCCGGCUUUGCGGGCAGGACGCUCUGCACCCAAGUGAUGCCCCCAAGCCCCAACCCGGUGUGGAACGAGGUCUUCUUCUUCCCACUGCGGCUGCCCCCCAUCUGCGAUGAGAUCCAGUUGGCCAUCCUCAGUGGGCCCCGCAGCAGCAAGGUCCUGGGCACCGCCACCCUUCACCUCUCCCACAUCUCCUCUGCUGGUGCUGAGUGUGAGGAGGGGACCCCCGGCUUCUUACCCUGCUUCGGACCCUGCUUCCUCCCCUUCUAUGGUCCCCGUGCGGAUGCUGCGAGGACAUCCAGCGCUUACACCAACGUGGCUUAUCGCGGCCGGGUGCUGCUGGAGCUCAGCACCCAUAUGGGGUCCCCAGAUGGGCACCAGCGCGGCACCAUUAACCUGGAGGACGUCAUCCGGGUGCAGUCUCACUUACCCCGCCACCGGUUCGGCCUCUGCGGGGUCUUCUACUCGGCCACCAUGGUACCAGCGGGCCCUGAGCUCCUGCGCUUCGAGCUCAGCCUGGGUAACCAUGGGGACACGGGCGAUGUCACCUGCAAGCCGGCUGCCUCCAUCACCCCACACGGUUGUCCUGUCUUUGAUGGCAACCGCUACCAUUACCUACCAUGGUACGGGGACAAACCGGUGGUGACCGUCACCUCGUCCUGGGAGGAUGCUGCUCACCGUUGGGAUGCCCUAAACCUCCUGCGUGCCGUGUGCCGGCGGCUGGAGAAGAACGUGAAGGAACUGCGGAGAGCCCAUGGGGACACUGAAGGGGACAUUGGCAGGAGGCUGCUGCAGGAGCUGGUGGGGGACUGCAGGCGGGUGCUGGCGCAGCUGGACGCUCAGCCCACCCCGACACCAUUGGACACCCAUCUCCGUGCCGCGCGGCUCCACUUGCUGCGGCGCGUGGGGACGGCGGCGGCGGCGGUGAACCCACAGGAUGGAUGCGGGACGCUGCUGCCCAUGGCUGAGGCCUGGCUGAGGAGCAUGGGAGCACUGGCUGUGGAGCCGCAGGCCGCUGUCCCCGAUGUGCUGCUGUGGAUGCUGCGGGGCGAGCGGCGCGUGGCCUGUGCCCGUAUCCCCGCUCCUGACAUCAUGUUCUCCCGGCGCGGCCCCGACGCCUGCGGCAGGUUCUGUGGGAGGCUCCUGACGCUCUUCCUGGUGAGCUCCGGGACCAUCCAUGCCCAGCUCCGGCUUCGGCUGUGGCUGGGGCCGGUGGCCGACAGCGGGGACCUGCCCCGGCUCAUCGAGGGCUCCCUGCGCGUCUACGCCGAGACCUACGAGAACCAGACCAAGCUGUUGGGUAAAUGGGGUGCCCGAGGGCUCACGGGCUCCCCGUGCUUCUCCGACGGCGCGGGCAGAGCCGGGCUCCCUCGGCACCGCAUCCGGCCCCCCAGGGGCUGGCGAUGGGAUGGACCCUGGACCGUGGAGCCCCAGCGCCGGCUGCUGCUGGACACAGAGACCAACGUGGGUGAGGUGCUGGAGGAGGUCUAUGAGAACGAGAGCCGGCGGCCUGAUGGGGACUGGGGACCCGCCACCGUGGCCAGCACCGAUGCUAGCGGGGAGGAGGUGCCCCGCAAGGAGGAGGUGCUGUGUCCCCAAGGAUGGCACGUCAGCGACGGCUGGAGGGUGGAUGUGAUGGGGGCCGUGGAUGAGGCUGGUUGGGAGUACGGGGUGAGCGUGGGCCCUGGCAGCCCCCCAGCAGCCUGGCACCCCACAGAGAAGACCUACCACACACACCGGCGCCGGCGCUGGCUGCGCACCCGCCGCAGGGUCCCCAGCGUACAGGGACCGGAGCAGGAUGUGGCCACCUUCCUACAGCUGCACCGAACCGAGUCUGCGGCCGGCUCCGAGGCCUGGGAAUACGGAUCCCUAUGGAGCAGGCGCUUCCACCUGCAGCAGCGGGCGGGCGACGUUUGCCGGCGGCGCUGCUGGCACCGGCACAUGGUGCCCGCGCAGCCCCCCACCGUGGCGCCCCUAUUCCUCCUCGAGGGGUCCCCGGACACGGAGGACACGGCCGGGGAGGAGGAGCCGCCUGCAGCGGAGCAGAAGACACGGGGCUUGUUCCAGUCCGCCCAGGAGCAGGCGCUGCCCCUCAUCCUCUGCACCUUCCAGCGUCCCAACUUCUUCCAGCUCCGCUGCUACAUCUUCCAGGCACUGGAGCUGUCGCCCCACGGCACCAAAUCCACUGCAGACCCCGUCGCCCACGUCUCCUUCGUGUACAUCAGUCAGAGCACACAGGUGCUGCCCCGCACCCUGGACCCGCUUUGGGACCAGACGCUGCUUUUCCACCGGGUGCUGCUCUAUGGGGACCCCCGGGAUGUCCAGGAUGGGCCCCCCGCUGUGGUGGUGGAGGUGUUCGACCAGGAUGGAGGGGGUGCUGGUGAUUUCCUGGGGAGGAGCGUGUGCACCCCAGAUGUUUGGUUGGAUGUGGGGCACCGGCGGCCCCCCCGGCUCCAGCGUUACCCACUACUGGGAUCCAGGGGACGCGCUGGGGAGCUGUUGGCUGCCUUUGAGCUGCUGCACGACACCGAGGAUGGGGCCCUGGCGCAGGUCAGCUCCCCCCCUUGGAGACAGGGAAUCUUCAGCAUCCCUAUGGGUGUGCGGCCAGUCCUGAGGCCGAUGGCCCUGGAGGUGCUGGCGUGGGGGCUGCGGGGGCUGCGCGGGAGCGUGCGCGCCCCCAGCCUGGAGGUGCAGUGCGGGGGCCGGGUGCUGCGGACCCCCCCCAUCGCCGACCCCGCCUCCAACCCCAACUUCCCCAUCAACGCCUUCCUGCUGGUCCUGACGCUGCCCCUGGAGCAGGAGCUGAUGCCGCCCGUGCGGCUGCGGGUGUUGGACGUGCGGGACUUCGGGUACCGGCCCGAGGUGGGGCAGACCUGUGUGCGGGGGCUGCGGCAGCCCCGCGGGCAGCCCCCCGGCCCCCGGCAGGGCUCCGGACAAGGUGGGCACAGGGAUGGGGACACGGGGGACACCGUCCCUGUCGCUGUCCCCACCUCACCCCGCUCCCCGCAGGCAGAGGAGGAGGCUGAAGGGGAGGAGGAGGAGGACUGGUGGAGCAAGUUCUAUGCGGCCCUGGGGGACAAGGCAAAGAGCCGGCGGGGGACAAGCAGGGACAGCCUGAAGCUCUACAGCUGCGAGCUGGAGGCGGUGCCGGAGUUCGAGGGGCUCCAGGAUUUCUGCCGCUCCUUCCCGCUCUUCCCUCCGGGAGCAGCCGCCGCGGGGGGGGAGGACCCGCAGCCGGUGGCCGAGUUCAAGGGGCUCCUCCACCUCUACCCCGUGCCCGAGGACCCCGCGGAGCCGCCGCCGCCGCGCCGCUUCCAGGACCUGCCCCCCAGCCAGCCCCAGCGCUGCCUCGUCAGGGUCUACGUGGUGCGGGCCUUCGACCUCCCCCCCCGCGACAGGAACGGGCUGUGUGACCCCUACAUCCGUGUGUCACUGGGAGCCCAGACGCUGGGGCAGCGGGACCAGUACGUGCCCAACACCCUGGAGCCCGUGUUUGGGAGGGUGUUCGAGCUGAUGGGCACCAUCCCACUGGAGAAGGACCUGCGGGUCUCACUGCUGGACUAUGACCUGGUGCCACCCGACCAGGAGAUCGGCACCACCACCAUUGACCUGGAGAACCGGCUCCUCUCCCGCUUCCGUGCCCACUGUGGGCUCCCUGCGCUCUACUGCACCGCCGGGCCUGGGUGCUGGAGGGACCAGCUCCCCCCCAGCCAGACACUGGAGCACUUUGCCCGCACCCAGGGGCUGCCAGCACCCGAAUUCAACGCCGAGGGCACCGAGGUCAUCUUUGGGGACCACAGGUUCCUCCUCAGCCACUUCGAGAGAGGCCCCCCCCAGCACCAGCACCAUGGGGAGCCCCGAGAGCGCUUGGCCCUACACGUGCUCCGCGCCUGCCACCUCGUCCCCGAGCACCUGGAGACGCGCACCCUGUACAGCAGCACCCAGCCCGGGCUGGAGCAGGGCAAGGUGCAGAUGUGGGUCGAUGUGUUCCCCAUCCACCUCGGCCCCCCGGGACCCCCCGUUGACAUCACCCCCCGCAAGCCGCAGAGGUACGAGCUGCGCUGCGUGGUGUGGAACACGCGGGACGUGGACCUGGGGGACACGAACGUGGUGGGGCAGCAGAUGAGCGACAUCUACAUCACGGGGUGGCUGGCGGGGCUGGAGGAGCAGCGGCAGAGCACGGAUGUGCAUUACCGGUCAUUGGAUGGGUCCGGUGCCUUCAACUGGCGCUUCGUGUUCCCCUUCGAGUACCUGGCGGCCGAGCAGCGCUGUGUGCUGCCCGGGAGGAAGCAUUUCUGGAGCCUGGAUGAGACGGUGCUGAAGGUGCCCCCGAAGCUCAUCCUGCAGGUGUGGGACAAUGACAAGUUUUCGGCUGAUGAUUUCCUAGGGGUGCUGGAGCUGGACCUGACCCGGCUCCCCCUGCCCGCGCCGCACGCCCGGAGCUGCUCCCUGCCUCUACCGGGCACCCCCCGGAGCCGCUGGCCCUGGGCCUGGCCCUGGCGGCGGCCGCAGACCCCCCCCUGCGUGUCCCUGUUCCGGCAGCGCCAGGUGCGGGGCUGGUGGCCCUGCGUGGCGAACAGCGGCAGCGAGCGGCGGCUCUCGGGGAAGCUGGAGCUGAGCCUGGAGCUGCUGACGGCCAAGGAGGCGGAGGAGCGGCCGGCGGGGAGAGCCCGGCAGGAGCCCAACAUGUACCCAACGCUGCCGCCGCCAGUGCGCCCCGACUGGUCCUUCCUGUGGGUGCAGGCACCGCUGCAUGCCCUGCGCCAUGGGCUCUGGCGGCAGCACCGCGGCCGCAUCAGCCUGGGCCUGGCGCUGCUGCUGCUCUUUGCUCUGCUCCUCACCUUCGUCUAUGCCGCACCGGGUUAUUUGGCUAUGAAGCUGGUAAACCCGUUGCAGGGCUUGCACACUGGUGGUGAUGGUGGUGGCAUCGGCAAGCACCUUGCAGUGGGUGCUGAGCAUCACAAGGGUGCUGCUCACAAACCCUGA